GCCGCGGCCCGGCCCGCUCCGCUGAGCCCCCAAGACACGACCCCCGCCCCAUCGCAGCCUUCGCCAUGGAUGGCAGCAAGAUGACCGUCAGCAUCAAUAAGGCCAUUAAUACACAGGAAGUGGCCGUGAAGGAGAAACACGCCAGAACAUGCAUCCUGGGGACCCACCACGAGAAGGGGGCGCAGACCUUCUGGUCCGUGGUGAACCGCCUGCCCCUGUCCAGCAAUGCCGUGCUCUGCUGGAAGUUCUGCCACGUGUUCCACAAGCUGCUCCGGGACGGCCACCCCAAUGUCCUGAAAGAUUCGGUGAGGUUCAAAAAUGAGUUGAGCGACAUGAGCCGGAUGUGGGGCCACCUGAGCGAGGGGUACGGGCAGCUGUGCAGUAUCUACCUCAAACUGCUGAGAACCAAGAUGGAGUUCCACACCAAAAAUCCCCGCUUCCCUGGCAACCUCCAGAUGAGUGACCGGCAGCUGGACGAGGCGGGAGAAAACGAUGUCAACAACUUUUUCCAGCUGACGGUGGAGAUGUUUGACUACUUGGAAUGGGAGCUGAAUCUGUUCCAGACUGUGUUCGGCUCCUUGGACAUGUCUCGCUCGGUGUCGGUGACGGCGGCCGGGCAGUGCCGCCUGGCGCCCUUGAUCCAGACCAUCCUGGACUCCAGCCACCUGUACGACUACACCGUCAAACUCCUCUUCAAACUCCACUCCUGUCUCCCAGCCGACACCUUGCAGGGGCACCGGGACCGCUUCGUGGAGCAGUUCAAAAAGUUGAAAGAUCUGUUCUAUCGCUCCAGCAACCUGCAGUACUUCAAGCGGCUGAUCCAGAUCCCCCAGCUGCCAGAGCACCCCCCCAACUUCCUCCGAGCCUCGGCCCUGUCAGAGCACAUCAGCCCCGUGGUGGUGAUCCCGGCGGAGGCCUCGUCCCCGGACAGCGAGCCCGUCCUUGAGAGGGACGACCUGGUGGAGAUGGAUGCCACGUCCCAACAGACAUUCGACAACAAGUUCGAUGACAUCUUUGGCAGCUCAUUCAGCAAUGACCCCUUCAAUUUCAACAGCCAGAACGGCAUGAACAAGGACGACAGGGACCGCCUGAUCGAACAACUGUACCGAGAGAUCAGUGCGCUGAAAGGAGAGCUGGACAACUGUAAAGCGGAGAGCCACUGCCUCACGGUGCAGCUGAAGGGGCGGAUCAGCGAGCUGGAGGCCGAACUGGCCGAGCAGCAGCACCUGAGGCAGCAGGCGGCCGACGAGAGCGAGUUCCUGCGGGCCGAGUUGGACGAGCUGAAGAAGAGGCGGGAAGACACGGAGAAGGCCCAGCGGAGCCUGACGGAGAUCGAGAGGAAAGCCCAGGCCAACGAGCAGCGCUACACGAAGCUGAAAGAGAAGUAUAGCGAGCUAGUCCAGAACCACGCCGACUUGCUCCGCAAGAACGCCGAGGUAACCAAGCAGGUGACGGCGGCCAGACAAGCCCAGGGGGACGUCGAGCGGGAGAAGAAAGAACUGGAGCACUCCUUCCAGCGUGUGAGUGAGCAAGCCCAGAGGAAGACUCAAGAACAGACCGAGGUUCUGGAGACUUUAAAGCGAGAACUGGCAGCCAGCAAACAGGAGCUCCAGACCGUAAAGGGCACGCUGGAGACCUCUGCCCAGUCCGAAGCGGAGCGGGGGGCCCAGCUGGCGGGCCUGGAGGCGGAGAGGGCCAGCCUGGUGGAGGCGGCCGGGCGCCGAGAGGAGGAGACGGCAGCCCUGCGGGCCGAGCUCCAGCAGCUGCGGGUCACCCAGAGCCGGGAGCAGGAGAGCACCAGGUCCACCCUGGAGGAGCUGCGCGCCCAACUUGGAGAGAAGGAGGGCAGCGAGCAGGCCCUGCUGCGGCGGCUGGAGGAGGAGCGAGGGGCCCUGCUGCGGGCCGCCGUGGAGGAGGCGGAGGCCGUGGUGCAGGACGCGCUGAACCGGCUCGAGGAGCCGGCCCACAUCAGCUGCAGCGGCUCAGCAGAUUAUCUCCUGUCCAGGACGCUGGCCGCUGCCGGCUGCAUAGAGCGGCUUCAGGAGGCCUGUGACCGAUAUGUGGCCCGCCCAGAGGAGGUGAGCGGGCUGGUGCGCUCCGUGGCCCUCUUUGCCCACCUGAUUGGCGACACCAUCCUGCAGGGAAGCGCCACCUGCCACACAGCCCCCAUGGAGCCCGCCGACACGCUGGCCGAGCUGUGUAAGCAGUGUGGGGGGGAAGCCCUCCUCUACCUGGCUUCCCUGAAGGACGCCGCCUCCAUCGGAAGCGCCGACUGCACGGCUGUGAGGAACUGCGUGAGCAAGAUCACCGCCAUCGGCGAGGAGCUCAGACCCCGGGGCCUGGACAUCGAGCAGGAGGAGCUGGGGGACCUGGUGGACAAAGAACUAGCCGCCACCUCGGCUGCCAUAGAAGCCGCCACCACGAGGAUCGAGGAGAUGCUCAGCAAGUCACGCGCCGGAGACACCGGGGUCAAACUGGAGGUGAACGAGAGGAUUCUCGGCUCCUGCACCGGCCUGAUGCAAGCCAUUCAGAUCCUCGUGGUGGCCUCCAAGGACCUGCAGAGGGAGAUUGUGGAGAGCGGCAGGGGUGCCGCCUCCCCCAAGGAGUUCUACGCCAAGAAUUCUCGGUGGACCGAGGGCCUCAUCUCGGCUUCCAAGGCCGUGGGCUGGGGAGCCACCGUCAUGGUGGAUGCGGCCGACCUGGUGGUUCAAGGGAAAGGGAAAUUUGAGGAACUAAUGGUGUGCUCGCACGAAAUCGCGGCCAGCACUGCCCAACUGGUGGCCGCGUCCAAGGUGAAAGCGGACAAGGACAGCACAAACCUGGCCAAGUUGCAGCAGGCCUCCCGAGGGGUCAACCAGGCCACUGCUUCCGUGGUGGCCUCAACCAAGGCUGCGAAAUCACAGAUCGAGGAGACAGACACCAUGGACUUCUCCAGCAUGACCCUGACUCAGAUUAAGCGGCAAGAGAUGGAUUCUCAGGUCAGAGUGUUGGAGCUGGAAAACCAGCUGCAGAAAGAGCGCCAGAAGCUGGGAGAUCUACGAAGGAAGCACUACGAGCUCGCCGGCGUGGCCGAGGGCUGGGAUGAGGCCGCAGACUAGACGCCGGGGGACCCUCGGGGCAGCAGCCGUCCACUCCCGAUGGCCAGCGCCGGGCGGCCCCUCCCGACGAUCCGCUCCCAGCCCGGCCCAAAGCACACGUCCGCCACUCCCCCCAACCCACCGGGCGCCCACCCCGGCCCCCAGGCACCCGAGAUCCACAGAGAGAGAAAAGGGUCACGCUGGCCUGCAAGGGCUCUGCUGCAGUGGGCUUAUUUAUUUACUUAUUUUAUGGGCAGGGGGAGGGAGGGGGAGGGGGAGAGGGAACAACCGCACUCAUCUCCUUUCUGUUUUCUUCUCAACCUUUUCCGUUUCAUCGUCGGCCCCAACUCAAGGGGUGCAGGGGUGGAGCUGAGAGUCAGAGGGCUCCAAGCCAGAGCCUCCUCAGUGGCUCUGCCCUAGCCUGAGUUUGCCAAGGCAGAUUCUCGCUCCCCCCGUGGUGCUUCCCAACAAUUUCCUGGGUCAUCCUUCUGCUCCCAAAGCAAACUCUGCAAAAGGAGUCGUGCCCGGAGCCGUCCGUUUGGCCCCGGCCCCGAACGGGCCGGCGGCCGGCCAGCGGUUAACCGGGCCGGCCGGGUGCUGGCGAGGGGCUCCCCGUGGCGGCCCCCCAGAACCCUGUGCCUUUCCUUGCCUCAGCUGGAAAAGGAGCAAACAUGCUUAGCGAGCGCCGGGAAGCCCACGUUGCCUUGGUUUUCCCCCCGGCCCUUCCGCCCGGCCGUCGCUCCGUCCCGGCCAGCACGAGAACGGUGACAUCCCCCAAACGAUUCGCCACAGUGUCUUCUCAAAUGGACCCCGGGGGCGGCGGCUCCGCCUUCUUCAGGAGAACACCCUGAAGCGCCUCGCCGGCCUGGACCCGAGAGCCAUUGAAACCAUCCCCCAGCUGCCUCCGGGGAUUCCCCCGAACAUCCUCCGGGCAACCCAUCACGGACCCUUCCUGCUACUUAUUACCCCCUACCACCUACAGCCAGCGCCUGGGGAGGGUUACACAGAGGAAUCCAGGACCUGGGGGCCACUGGCUCCGAGAUUCCCAUCAAAGAAGUCAUCUGUGGGAAUCGGAGGGAAAACGGCAAGAGCGGAUCGGCCCGCGGGCACCACCGGAUGGACGGCUCUCCCGGCCACCGGGCCCCGGUUCUGUUUCCGUAGAAACUCUC